AUGCUUCCGUCCUUUACAUUAUUUAAAAAUAACUAUCUUUUGUUUAAUCCAGGAUUUUCAGAAGCUGAGAAUGUUACACAAACACCAGUUCAUCUUGAAAUACUAGAAGGAGAACAGGCUAAAUUUGAUUGUAAAUAUAAAACAGUAUCUGAGAGCCCUGACCUCUUCUGGUAUGUUCAAAAACCAGGAAAACCUCCUCACUUCAUUUUAAGGAGAGCUGCAUAUAUCAAUAACGAGCAUAAACCUGGUACCCGGUAUACAUCCAUUCUGAAUAAAGAAACCACCUCUAUCUACCUGAAGAUUUCUGAUGUCACAGUGUCUGACUUUGGGCUGUAUUAUUGUGCUCUGAGGCCCACAGUGUCUGUGUCUGCAGACUGCACUGUACAAGAAGCUCUGACUCUGUCCAAGGUGCUGACACAUAGCUAUGUAAAUAGUGACUCAAAACAAGAUUAG